AAAAGGCCGAGAAUUUAUGAGGCUGAGAGAGAGAGGCUGCUUCUGCUUUUUUUCACGAGUUAAAAGAGGAGAAAAAAACUGUGCUUGGUGUUGUUGUUGUUGUGUGGUUCUGUUUCAAUAUCGAAAAGAUCAUUUCUGGUUGGCAUCUCAGGUCCUUCUUAUCUUCUCCUUCUCACUAAGCUUUAGAAGUUUUUGUGCCUAGGGGUUAUUCUUGGGCGGGAUCACUCGAAAAGGGGCUUUACAUUCUGAGAGUCUUAAGUUCUUGGCGAAUGUGUGACUUUUGACUAACCAUCUUAAGCAAUGAGCUGUUGAAUCCGAAAUGGUUCCAGUUAGAGUUGGGAAUCCAGAGAAGUCAUCGGUUACUUGUUGGUUUCUGUUCACUAGCUUUUGGUGGAUGAUAAAUGGAAGGUUCCUCAAACUCCAACUACAGGGGAUUCAAUACCUCUGGUGUUUCUGACAGGAACACUGAGUUCUUACCCGUUGAGAGAACCACAGCUCGUUCGAAGCCUUCCUCUCAUGUUGAUGAGUAUGUCAGAAGCUUGUUUGGUACUAGUACACACAAGUCCUGCGAAGAAGAGUCUUCAGGGAUUGACCCUUUUUUUAGAUCCUUGGAAUGGGGUGAUGUUAGCUUGAGACAGUGGCUGGAUAAACCAGAACGAUCUGUAGAUGUCUUUGAGUGCUUGCACGUUUUCAGACAAAUAGUCGAGAUUGUGAAUGCGGCUCACUCUCAAGGCAUUGUCGUUCAUAAUGUCAGGCCAUCUUGUUUCGUCAUGUCUUCGUUUAACCAUGUUUCCUUCAUUGAAUCCGCUUCUUGUUCGGACUCUGGCUCCGAUUCCUUGGAGGAUGGUCCAAUUAGCCAGAAGGAAAUUGGUAGCUCGAGAAGAGAGGAUGCUGUAUCGAAAGCUGUUUCAGUAGAAGAGAAAGGAACCUAUAAUAAGAUCUUGGAGAGACAAAUCGAGAAACUAGAGGAAGAAAAGAAGCAACCUUUUCCGAUGAAACAUAUUUUAGCAAUGGAGACAAGUUGGUAUACAAGCCCUGAAGAGGAUUUUGGUUCUCCAAGUACUUGUGCUUCAGAUGUUUACCGUCUUGGCGUUCUUCUUUUCGAGCUAUUCUGCCCUGUGCCUUCAAGAGAAGAGAAGUCAAGAACUAUGUCUAGUUUAAGACAUCGCGUACUUCCGCCUCAGAUAUUGCUCAAAUGUCCAAAAGAAGCUUCUUUCUGCUUGUGGUUACUGCAUCCCGAGCCUACUUGUCGACCAUCAAUGAGUGACUUGCUACAAAGCGAGUUUAUAACAGAACCAAGAGAUAAUUUGGAAGAACGUGAAGCAGCAAUAGAGCUUAGGGAUAGAAUUGAGGAACAAGAAUCGUUGCUCGAGUUCUUGUUAGUGAUUCAACAGAGAAAGCAGGAAUCUGCUUAUAGAUUGCGGGAUACGGUUUCACUACUUUCUUCCGACAUAGAGCAAGUUGUAAAGAGACAAUUGGUUUUGAAGAAAAAGGGAAGCUCAUACUCUGAACUCAGCAAAGAUGAUCAUCAAUCUGCCUCUGGUCAUCCAUUGAUGAGUUUCACGGCAAACGAAGAGCCUUCUACAUUCUUAGCAUCAAGAAAACGCUUUAGACAAGUGAUUCCGGCAGUGGAAACCGAUGUUGAAGUUGAUGAGGAGAGUCAAGGAAGCACACUUCUUGAAAGCUCCCGGUUGAUGAAAAAUUUCAAGAAACUAGAAACUGUCUACUUUCUGACAAGGCGGAGGCAAAUGAAAGCUGCUGCUUUGGGGAAGUCAUUAACUAGACAUUCGCCUUUGAGUAGUGAAAAUGGAAGAGGUUCAAUGAUUGUCUCAGAGAAAAGCUCAGUAAGCAACCCUGCAGCACCCAAAGAUUUCUACACUACUAAUGAUUCGAGACAAGGUGGGUGGAUAGAUCCAUUCCUUGAAGGGUUGUGCAGAUAUUUAUCAUUCAGUAAGCUCAGAGUGAAAGCAGAUUUAAAACAAGGAGAUUUGUUGAACUCUUCUAACCUCGUUUGCGCCCUUGCAUUCGACCGAGAUGGAGAGUUCCUCGCUACUGCAGGUGUCAACAAGAAAAUCAAGAUAUUCGAAUGUAACUCCAUUGUGAACGAUAACCGGGACAUUCACUAUCCGGUUGUGGAAUUGGCUAGCCGGUCAAAGCUAAGUAGUGUAUGUUGGAACAGCUACAUAAAGAGUCAAAUUGCAUCUAGUAACUUUGAAGGCGUGGUUCAGAUAUGGGAUGUUGCAAGAAGCCAGCUGGUUACAGAGAUGAAAGAGCACAAGAAGCGAGUAUGGUCCAUCGAUAUUUCAUCAGCAGACCCGACUUUGCUGGCUAGUGGAAGCGAUGAUGGAACCGUUAAGCUAUGGAGUAUCAAUCAGGGAGUUAGCAUUGGAACCAUCAAGACAAAGGCUAAUGUAUGCUGUGUCCAGUUUCCAUCAGACUCCGGGCGGUCUUUAGCAUUCGGUUCUGCAGAUCACAAAGUGUAUUACUACGAUCUUCGGAAUCCCAAGAUUCCUCUUUGCACAAUGAUUGGUCACAGUAAGACAGUGAGUUAUGUCAAGUUUGUGGAUUCAUCUACUCUUGUGUCUUCUUCUACUGAUAACACGCUGAAGCUUUGGGAUUUGUCGAUGUCUGCUUCUGGGGUCAGCGAAACCCCUCUCCACUCAUUCGCUGGACACACUAAUUUAAAGAACUUUGUUGGAUUAUCGGUCUCUGAUGGGUAUAUAGCUACAGGCUCAGAGACUAACGAGGUUUUCGUGUACCACAAGGCAUUCCCAAUGCCAGUGAUGUCGUACAUGUUCAAUAACACUGAGUCUGCGUCCGGUCUCGAAUCGGACGAUGCCUCACAGUUCAUAUCUUCGAUCUGCUGGCGAGGACAGUCGUCUACGUUAGUCGCGGCUAACUCCAAUGGCAACAUCAAGAUUCUGGAGAUGGUAGCUUGAGAGAGCCUUUGAGGGACAAAAGCGUAAUUUAAAAAGUCUCUUGUUCUUCUUGGCAAGAGAUCUGUUUUGUUGGAGUACUAUAGGGUAAACAAAUUGUUAUCAAAAGAAUAGGAAAAGUGGAAAACAUUGUGUAUAGAAUUUCAUUGAAAAAGGACGAUACAAAUAUUCGAUCUUGGUAUCGGUAUACAAUGCUUGAGACAUCUCAAUAAAAAAGAUUAUAAAUUUUAUUUA